AUGGUGGGAAAAAGAGAGCAAAAUGACAUCCAAAUAUUAAUCCAAUGGCUCUAAUACAUCAACUGAAAUUUAAACCUUUUUAUUUAAAAUCAGCCGCCUAAGACAUAUCCACACCCUUCAAAAUAUUACACAAAUAAUGAAACUAACCUCAACGUAUUUUACAUUUUUUUUCCUUUUCGUUGUAAAUUAAUCUCGCGCAUGUAGUACAGAGUACAGUCGAGUGACACGGCGCUGGUUUACAGUGGCAGCUAGCUUAGUUUCUCGAAAAAAAAAAGGCAGCUAGCUUAGUUAUAAAUAUGUGCAGCCAAGCUAGUGCUGCUAUCACGAGUUCCCGAUAGCGUAGCGAGAGGUGGCCUGCUACACGUGCAGCAGUACCACCACAAGCACCGCGAAUGGAGCCCGAGGCGGCCAUGGGCAUCGAAGAGAAGAAGAAGAGCAGGAAGAAAGGCGGCCUUAGAACAAUGCCCUUCAUCUUUGCCAACGAGGUGGCGGAGAAGCAGGCGGUGGUGGGUUUCUCGACCAACAUGCUGACGUACCUGACCCAGCAGAUGCACAUGCCGCUGGCCAAGGCGGCCACCACCCUCACCAACUUCGGCGGCACCUCCGCCAUGACCCCUCUCAUCGGCGCCUACCUCGCCGACGCCUGCAUCGGCCGCUUCUGGACCAUCGCCGGCGCCUCCCUCGUCUACCAACUCGGCAUGGUCCUCCUGACGGUAUCCGCGGCGCUGCCGCAGUUCCGGCCGGGGCCAAACCAGGAGGCGGCGCCGUGGCAGCUGGCCGUGCUGUACGUCUCCCUGCUCCUGAACGCGGUGGGCGCGGGGGGUUACCGCCCCUGCAUCGUGGCGUUCGGGGCGGACCAGUUCGACGAGUCGGAAGCCGCGGAGCGUGCCCGGAGCUGGGGCUUCUUCAACUGGUACUACUUCUGCAAUGGGGCGUCCAUGCUGGUGGCCGUCACGGCCGUGGUGUACGUGCAGGACAACGUUGGAUGGGGAUGGGGACUCGGCGUGCCGGCCUUCUGCAUGGCGCUCUCCGUCGUGGCUUUCGUCUCCGGUUACCCGCUGUACCGGAGGCUCGACCCCGCCGGAAGCCCCUUCACGCGCCUCGCGCAGGUGGUUGUCGCCGCCGUCAGGAAGCGCCGGUUAUUAAGGAAGGUCGAUGAGCCCGGGAGGUUGUAUGAGAACGAUGCGCUGGAUAAGCCCAUCUCCAUGUAUGGCAAGCUCGUGCAUACCGACCAGCUCAGCUUCUUUGACCGCGCUGCAAUCGUCACCGACGGCGACAUGGUCACGACGGACGCCGCCGCCACUUCCGACAAGCUGCCUCCAGCCCCCAUCCCCAACCUGUGGCGGCUGAGCACCGUGCACCGCGUGGAAGAGCUCAAGUCGGUGGUCCGCAUGGGCCCGAUAUGGGCGGCGGGCAUCCUGGUGAUCACGGCGUCGUCGCAGCAGCACACCUUCUCCCUGCAGCAGGCCAGCACCAUGGACCGCCGCCUCGCGCCGCACCUCUCCUCCUUCCAGAUCCCCGCGGGCUCCAUGACCGUCUUCACCAUGCUGGCCAUGCUCGUCACCCUCUUCGCCUACGACCGCGUGCUCGUCCCGGUGGCGCGCCGCUCCACGGGGCUGGACCGCGGCAUCUCCGUCCUCCACCGCAUGGGCGUCGGCUUCGCCAUCUCCGUGGCCGCCAGCCUCGUGGCGGGCUUCGUCGAGCGGCACCGCAGGGAGGCUGCUGCUGCCGGAGGAACCACCGACGCGGGCACGGCCCCGCUGUCGGCCUACUGGCUGGUGCCGCAGUACGCGCUGCAUGGGGUGGCGGAGGCCUUCACGUCCGUGGGCCACCUGGAGUUCAUGUACGACCAGGCGCCCGAGAGCAUGCGCAGCACAGCCACGGCGCUCUUCUGGCUGUCCAUCUCGCUGGGGAGCUACGUGAGCACGCUGCUCGUCGCCGUCGUGCACCGGUGGAGCGCUGGCCCCGGCGGCUCCAACUGGCUGCCGGACAACAUCAACCGCGGCAAGCUCGACUACUUCUACUGGAUCGUGACGCUGCUGCAGGUCUUGAACCUCGUCUACUACGUCAUAUGCGCCAGGCGCUACACGUUCAAGCCCCUGCAGCUCCUCCACGAGACGGAUCAGGAGGGCAAGGACGAGUCCGUGGUAGAGCUGCAAGAGAAGGUUUGAGAGUGAGUUGUAUCCAGUGGCGGAGACAGGAAAAAAACACAGGAGGGUCAGAAUAGAAGAGAUGAUUUAUUGGUGGAACCGAAGCAUAAAAACCGAAGUUUAUAAGAUAAAAUUGCAAAAGUUAUGAGAAGGCUUAAGUACAAAUUCCAAAUAUUAGAGGGGGCCAGGGCCCGUGCUGGCCCUGGUGCUCCCUCAGGCCUUGGUUGUAUCCAUGAUGUGUAAGCAGGUACAGGUAAUAGCUAGAUAGAUCUUCCGAUAUCGAUAGUGAUGUAUGUGUACCUCACAUUCUCAUGUCGCGAUUUGUAAGGAGAUCACGAACAGAGAGAAGAUGUAUCUAGUUCACCACAGCUAGUUGAGAAGAGCUUAACAUCUAGGUCCAGCAAAA